AUGAUUGCAAUAGAACCGCAAGAGAAAUCGAUUGGGCCAACAAUAACAAUAGUGACGAUUGAGCCGAGGUCGAUCCCCAUAACCGACAUCAAGUCAGAGACCAAGAGCAAGACCAAACUCGAUAAGCCAACAUCGGACACAAAGAGGAAGCCCAAAGCGGAGACAAAGACGAAGGCAGCGCCCAAAGCAAAGAGCAAGUCAGACACAAAGAGCAAACCCAAGACAGAGACAAAACCCAAGACGGAAACGAAGAACAAAUCGGAGACAGAAACAAAAACAAAGCCAGAUGCGAAGACAAAAGUCGAGCCGAAGAAAAAGACAAAUCCAGGGAAAAGGAUGAUCAACCUGGGAACGGCGACGAAGAUUCUACUGGGAUAA